AUGCUUGAUCCGAAUCUGCUGCCUCAGCGCUUCCGCGGUGAGCAGCCCGCACCUCCCAAUGCAGCCCCAAGCUGGCUCAACAGGAAGGUCACGCCGCUACUUCGGCUCUUGUCCAGGCUCGCAUGCGUCCACCCUAUCCACACUGUGGUGAUUGUAGCUCUCCUUGCUAGCACCACCUAUGUCGGUCUGCUCCAGGAGAGUCUCCUAGACCUGAGCUGGAGGGUCGACAGCGCCGACUGGUCCUCGCUCACCGAGGGCAGCCGAAGUCUUCGCGCCGGCCCGGACACCAACUGGAAGUGGCAGACUGUCGAACUCGAGUCUAUCGCCGACAUUGACCUCGCCCGCUACGAUCACCAGGCCCUCGUCACCUUCGUCUUCCCCGACUCGCGCUCUGGCGAAUCGCCCACGAACCCUCCUCGAUCUCAGGCCAUUCCCGUUCCUAGGAACCUGUCCAUCCGAUCCCUGCCAUCCACCGACAACUCCUUGAGUGCCUACUCCCAGGAUAGCGCCCUGGCUUUUUCUAUCCCUUACAGCCAGGCUCCCGAAUUCCUCGCCGCUGCUCAGGAGAUUCCCAAUGACGAAAGCGCAGCCGCCGAGCCGCUAUCGAAAGAAGCUGAGGGCCCCGAGUCCAAGCAAUGGAUCAUGAAGGCUGCCCGUGUGAACACUCGCAGCACAAUUGUCUAUUGGGCUAAGAAUUUCUGGGGAGAGUUCCUUGACCUCUUGAAGAACGCAGAGACUUUGGAUAUUGUCAUUAUGGUGCUUGGCUACAUUUCCAUGCACCUCACUUUUGUCUCUCUCUUCCUGUCUAUGCGACGAAUGGGCUCCAACUUUUGGCUUGCUGCGAGCGUUCUCUUCUCGUCCGCCUUCGCCUUCCUCUUCGGACUCAUCGUGACAACCAAGCUCGGCGUUCCCAUCAGCUUGGUCCUCCUAUCCGAAGGUCUUCCUUUCCUCGUCGUCACCAUCGGUUUCGAGAAGAACAUUGUCCUUACCAGGGCUGUGCUUUCCCACGCCAUUGAGCACCGCAACUUCCACGAACAAGACAAGAAGUCUGGAAAGAAGUCGGAGGUUUCGCUACCCGACAUUAUCCAAUACGCUGUGCAGGCCGCCAUCCGCGACAAGGGUUACGACAUUGUGCGAGACUACGCCAUUGAGAUUGCCGUCCUAAUUCUCGGUGCAGCUUCCGGUGUCCAGGGUGGUCUGCAGCAGUUCUGCUUCCUCGCCGCCUGGAUCCUCGUCUUCGACUGCAUCUUGCUCUUCACCUUUUACACGGCGAUUCUCAUGAUUAAGCUCGAGAUUAACCGCAUCAAGCGUCACGUCGAUGUGCGCAAGGCCCUCGAGGCCGAUGGUGUGAGCCGUCGCGUUGCCGAGAACGUCGCCAAGAGCAACGACCCCAAGGAGGCAAGCCUAUUUGGCCGCCGCGUCAGGAGCAACAGUGUCCCCAAGUUCAAGGUUCUGAUGGUGUCGGGCUUUGUCCUCGUGAACAUUCUCAAUCUUUGCACCAUCCCCUUCCGAAACACGUCGCUGUCCAACAUUUCAUCAUGGGUCGCUGGUCUUAGCGCCGUCGUCACUUCCCCUCCGGUUGAUCCUUUCAAGGUUGGCUUGAACGGAUUGGAUGCUAUCCUCGCCUCGGCCAUUGCCAAGGCGCAGCCGACUUUGGUUACGGUGCUGACGCCCAUAAAAUACGAGUUCGAGUACCCCUCGGUCCAUUAUGCUCUCCCAUCUGGCGCCGCCGGCGAGGCCACUAACCACCUGGUCAACUACGGCGUCGGUGGAAGGAUGGUUGGAAGCCUGCUCACAAGCCUGGAGGACCCCGUCCUUUCCAAGUGGAUUAUUGUCGCCCUCGCGCUCAGCGUUGCGCUCAACGGCUACUUGUUCAAUGUUGCUCGCUGGGGAAUUAAGGACCCUAACGUUCCAGAUAGCCAGAUCGACCGGAGCGAGCUCGCCAGAGCCUCGGACUUCAAUGACACUUCCUCUGCGACGCUCCCUCUCGGAGAGUACAUGCCUCCUUCGCAGAGGCUAGCCAAGCCCCUUACUCCUGCGACCACGGACGACGAGUCUGAACUGUCCAUGAAGAAGAUCGUCGAGCCGGUAGACCAGUCUCUGAUGCGGCCCAUUCCCGAACUCGAAGAGCUCAUCAAGCAGGAUAGGGUUCCCGAGAUGUCUGACGAGGAAGUGGUUCUCAUGGCCAUGCGCGGAAAGAUUGCUGGAUAUUCCCUGGAAAAGAGACUCAAGGACUUUACUCGCGCUGUCAAGAUUAGGCGAAGCAUUAUCUCACGGACCAAGGUUACGGCGGCGCUCACGCAAUUCCUCGAACGAUCCAAACUGCCGUACGAGCAAUACAACUGGGAGCGCGUGUUCGGCGCGUGCUGCGAGAACGUUAUCGGAUACAUGCCAUUGCCUGUCGGUGUGGCUGGGCCUCUCGUCAUUGAUGGACAGAGCUACUUUAUUCCGAUGGCGACGACGGAGGGUGUGUUGGUGGCUAGUGUGAACCGAGGAUGCAAGUCGAUUAAUUCGGGCGGCGGUGCGGUGACUGUAUUAACCGGGGACGGCAUGACUCGUGGCCCCUGUGUGAGCUUCGAGACGUUGGAGCGUGCGGGAGCGGCCAAGCUGUGGCUCGAUUCGGAGGCGGGACAGACGGUGAUGAAGAGGGCGUUCAACUCGACGAGUAACUACGCUCGUCUCCAGACGAUGAAGACGGCGCUGGCGGGUACGAACCUCUACAUCCGGUUCAAGACAACGACAGGCGACGCCAUGGGCAUGAACAUGAUUUCGAAGGGCGUGGAGUAUGCGCUAGACGUGAUGAAGAACGAAGGUUUCGAGGACAUGACGAUCGUGUCGGUGUCGGGCAACUACUGCAUCGACAAGAAGCCGGCGGCCAUUAACUGGAUAGACGGGCGCGGCAAGAGCGUCGUGGCCGAGGCCAUCAUUCCCGGUGACGUGGUCAAGUCGGUGCUGAAGACGGACGUGGAAACGAUGGUGGAGCUCAACGUGAAUAAGAACCUGAUCGGGUCGGCGAUGGCGGGUUCAGUUGGUGGAUUUAAUGCGCAGGCGGCGAAUAUUGUGGCGGCUGUUUUUAUUGCUACGGGUCAGGAUCCGGCGCAGGUCGUGGAGAGUGCCAACUGUAUCACCAUUAUGAAGAAUCUUCAUGGCAAUCUCCAGGUCUCCGUGUCGAUGCCCUCGCUCGAGGUUGGUACGCUCGGCGGAGGCACGAUCCUGGAGCCCCAGUCCGCCAUGCUCGAGAUGCUCGGCGUGCGCGGACCCCACCCGACCAACCCAGGCGAGAACGCCCGCCGACUCGCCCGAAUCGUUGCGGCAGCCACGCUGGCUGGUGAACUGUCUCUCUGCAGCGCUCUCGCCGCCGGCCAUCUCGUCAAGGCCCACAUGGCGCACAACCGAUCGGCACCGCCUACGCGGUCUAGCACGCCUGCUCCCAUGACUAGUGGAAAUAAGGGCGGCCUGUCGAUGACGCUGGGCAACUUGGGUGCGUUGAGUGCCGCGGCUAUUGAGCGGGCUAAGCGAUGA